AUGGAAGACAAGGUUGCCCCCCGCAGCAAGGACGACGACAGCAAUGUUGAGCUAUGGCAACGAUAUCAGACUGCGAGAGAAAAUCUUCGGACCAAAACGGACUUCUUCGACAAGUACAAGGCACCCAUCACACGUCGUAUUAAUCCUCCUGAUGAUCCUGCUUUGAAUCGUUCACUCGUGAGAGCAGAACACGCUACAAGCAAGGAAGAGAGCACAGCCCACAGUGCCCCUCUUGUGAAGCAUACAUCCAAGCAGUCAGAACCAUCCUCUGUGGCUAAUCGAAGUUCCUCACAUAAUCUUUACAAUGCCAGUCCAGUCCUUAAGCAGGCAGAGUGGGAUUCUGGCAGCUUGAAGACAGCACCUUCCCACGGAGACAAUCCAGGACAAGGCACUCUGGUCGAGUCUUGUGCACAAUCAGUCUCACCUCAGGUUGCUGUUAUCAACACGUCUCCUGUGAGCAAAAAUCACGCUCUUGAUGGCCGUGACUCUUUCCAUGGCCGUGAGGUUGUAACUCACCAUCCUAAGAUCAACUCAGAAUCUCAACCAGAAGACGCGCAAGUGAGGACUGAAACUCAAGCCACAAAGUUCCUUCAAAAUUCUGCACAAACAUCAGGCUUAGGAUCCUCUGGACCUGCUGCUGCUCGUGAGAUCGAAUCCUUGAAGCAUACAGAAUUAUCGAAGACAAAAGUCAAGAUGAGCGACACUGAUCAGUCCGAAGAAGUUCUCCUGCACCGCUAUCGGGGUAAGGGCCAGGCGAAGGCUUCGAACAGCCAAGUUCAGGAAUCUCAGACCAAGUCAUCAAUCCCACAGGAUAAGUUGACUGAUAGACCUGAGCCUGGUCCUGCACCGCUAGGCGAUACACCGAUCUAUUUUAGCGUCGACAACUCUUCCUACUCGGAGCAGAAGCCACAGCCCGAAAAAAGGAAAGGGGUUAGACAAACUGAGGCGACUCCUGAAGCCAAGGAGGAACUCAGACGCCUCCAGCAAGAGAUCAGAGCCCAAGUUGGAAAGUGCAAACUGAAGACCGACGAUCGCCUAGAUUCCAACCCUGAGACUCUUAUGAAGGCAAGAACCGGACCUGGAACGGAUCCCACCUCUGUCAUUUAUCGGCGGGUCAUUAAGCGUCUGGACGUCGGUCGCGCAGAUUCCGUUUUCACGUUUCCCCCUGACAUGUCGGAAAAAGAGAAGCACGAGCUGCAGUGGACCCUAUACGCACAAGACGUUCGGGCAUACCCAGAAAUUGAAGAGGGCCACGUCGUACUCUCUUCACAUCCCAGGCCGAAAGAGUCGAGCACUCCUGAUGGCAGCCCCUGUGGUGAAAUUCCUCCAUGCCCAACGCCUCAGGAGAUAGUUGACUCUGUCAAUUGGGAUGAUAUCAACAAUUGGGAGUUUGGUGACCUUGCUCGGCGCGCAGACUGGGAGUACAGUCCCGCAGUCUGGAAUGCCCCCGUCCAGUACCGAAACUGGUUCUACGCCUGGUUGGACUCCACCAUGCAUAUCUGCCACUAUGCAGAUAUAUAUCACAAGUCUUUCUUUGACGGCACUGCGCAUCCUGAUGGGCUGAAGGGCAUGUUUAUCCCCAAUAUUGAGCAUCCUGAGGCAAAACGUAAUACGGAGGAUGAGAAAACCAACCCUCAUUAUCACGAGACUGUGGAUGGCUACCGCUUUAAUUAUAUCACCCAGCAGAAGAAGGAGCAAGCGGAUUCCGAAAUCAGGAGAAGGGAAGCUCGUGCUCAAUAUUUGGCAGCCAUGAGGACACCACCUUCGAGCAAUCCUAAUGUCCCGAAAGCUAACAUCUACUUGCGCCCUGCUGAAGUCGGUGACAUCCCAGAGCUCUUGAGUCUCUAUAACUGGUACGUUGCCAAUGCGACUCAAUGUGUGGACGUGACAGCUCUUGCCGGACCAGACAUGCGCCAACGCAUUGAGGACUGCAAGCGUGAAAAGUUACCUUUCAUCGUUGCAGUGGAACGAAAGUCAGCCACCUUCAAUUGUCGUCUUCGUCGUGACCAGAAUGAGAACGUCAUGGGUUAUGCAUUGGCAACGGACUUUAUGGGUGCUCGUACCAUCGGCCGUCAUACGGCGGAAAUUGAAAUCUUCGUUCACCAUACGAAGAGAGAUCAAGGAGUUGGACGUUGUCUUAUGGACAAGCUCUUGGAAAUUUGCGAUCCAACGUACCUUGGACGCGGAGGCUACUUCUUUGAUUCUGACUUGGAGGAUCACGGAUGUUACUCUCCAGGAAGCUCCCGCAGACUGGCUCGCCUUGUUAUCGCGAUGAGCUAUUCUGAAGAUGAUCCCUCGGACUACCUCCGGGUUAAGGAAUGGCUGAUGCGGAGACACCGGUUCGAGGAGCAGGGGUUGCUGAAGGGAGCUGCUAGGAAAUUUGACAAAUUUCUCAACGUCAGCUACCUCGUUCGUGCCAUCCCAUGGAUUGUCUAG